AUGACGUCAGCUUCGCGACGGCUGGGCAUCCGACCUGGGAGCCCGCUCCCGGAACUACAAGGACCGCUGGAGGAGCGAGCCUCCCCGCCCCCUCCAGCGUGCACAUGCGCAGUGGGACGCGCCUUCUCCGGACUCGUGGUCCAGCGCUCCCGGCCAGCGCCAGCUCACGCAUUUCCUGCUCGGGCCUCACAUCUGUCCUUCAGUCAGCAGUUAUUUAGUAACUAUUAUGAACUAGGUUCAAAAUGGAAAGUAUUUAUUGACCAAAUUAACAGGUCUUUGGAGGAUUAUGAACCAUGUUCGAGUCAAAACUGCAGCUGCUACCAUGGUGUCAUAGAAGAGGAUCUGACUCCUUUCCGGGGAGGUAUCUCGAGGAAGACCAUGGCGGAGGUAGUCAGACGGAAGCUAGGGACUCACUAUCAGAUCAUUGAGAACAGAUUAUACCGAGAAAAUGACUGCAUGUUUCCCUCAAGAUGCAAUGGUGUGGAACACUUUAUUUUGGAAGUUAUUGGGCGCCUCCCUGACAUGGAAAUGGUGAUCAAUGUACGAGAUUAUCCUCAGGUUCCUAAAUGGAUGGAGCCUGCCAUUCCAGUCUUCUCCUUCAGCAAGACAUCAGAGUACCAUGACAUCAUGUAUCCUGCUUGGACAUUUUGGGAAGGGGGACCUGCUGUUUGGCCAAUUUACCCUGCAGGUCUUGGACGAUGGGACCUCUUCAGAGAAGAUCUGGUAAGGUCGGCAGCACAGUGGCCAUGGAAAAAGAAAAACUCCACAGCGUAUUUCCGAGGAUCAAGGACAAGUCCAGAGCGAGAUCCUCUCAUUCUUCUAUCUCGGAAAAACCCAAAACUUGUUGAUGCAGAAUACACCAAAAACCAGGCCUGGAAGUCUAUGAAAGAUACGUUGGGAAAGCCAGCUGCUAAGGAUGUCCAUCUUGUGGAUCACUGCAAAUACAAGUAUCUGUUUAAUUUUCGCGGUGUAGCUGCAAGUUUCCGGUUCAAGCACCUCUUCCUGUGCGGUUCACUUGUCUUCCAUGUUGGUGAUGAGUGGCUGGAAUUCUUCUAUCCACAGCUGAAGCCCUGGGUUCACUAUAUCCCGGUCAGAACAGAUCUCUCCAACGUGCAGGAACUGUUACAGUUUGUAAAAGCACAUGAUGACAUAGCUCAAGAAAUCGCUGAAAGGGGAAGCCAGUUUAUUAUGAACCACUUGAGGAUGGAUGACAUCACCUGUUACUGGGAGAACCUGUUGACUGAAUACUCUAAAUUCCUGUCCUAUAAUGUAACAAGGAGGAAAGGCUAUAAUCAGAUUAUUCCCAAAAUUUUGAAAACUGAACUCUAAUAGUCAUCAUCGGACCAAAGUCUUCUGUACAGCAGGAAGCUUACCAUGAGUGUGGCACCUAUACCUUGAAUACUGUUAUCAAGCCAAAUAUCUGGUUUUCCUUACCAGCCUGCACCCAGAGCAAGUCUCGAGAAAGAUCCAAAAUGUGUAUAACGCAGAUAUGAAGCAGCUCAACGCUUUGGCUGAAUAAGGACCUGAAAUCAUGAGAUGUGGGUUUUGAACCCGAUUCUACCUUUCAUUUCCUUAGGACCAAUCACAGCUUGUGCCUCAGAUCAUCCACAUAUUUAUGUCCGUCACUGUGAAACUGACUAUGACCAUGGGAUGAUUUCCUUUUUCCCACUGCUUGGAGCAGAAACUCAUUCAUUUGGAACUAGUACAACUCUUCACAAUUCUGCAAUUAUUCUAAGCUUGAUCUUUGAUGCUAUAUUUUAUAGGAAGCCCUAUAGGGUUUGUGAAAAAUACUUGGGGAUUAUUUUCUGAAAGGUCUAAGGAAGCAGUAGUUGUGUGUGCAAUGACGCAGGAGUUCUCUUUUGUAAAUGCAUAAACUCUCUGGUACUCAGGAGGUUUCUCUAAUGCCACAUAGAAAGGGGCCAGUUGCAAGAGCAAUUGCAAUUGGAUCUCAAGUUCCCUUUUGUGCCUUCACAUCCUUGUUUUUAUGGUCUCUAAAAAAAGGCAAAAACCUCUUAAUUAAUUGAGGAAGUAGUCCUCACUCUUUGAAGGAACUGUGCAUGGAACAGCAACCCUUCACUCUUUGCACAUCCUUAGUAUUUUUUCCCCUUCCAUUGGCAGUAGUCCACACUCUCACUGUCUUGCAGGGACCUCUUCCCUUUACCCCCUUUUUAAAACAGACAUUUGGAUAGUAGUUUAAUCUCGAGAUGCUCUUGCUAACAUAGUCAAAAAUGAAGAAAAAUUGCUAGAUUAAAACUCAUAUAGUCCGAUGACAUAGAACCAUCCUUGUCCCUUAAGCCCAACCUUUCUACAGAGAAUUGAAUUCUUUUUCUUUGACUCCUAAGAACAGGUUGCUAUUAAUUGGCUUCAAAAUUAGGAAAUGUGAGAUUCAGUCAUAUAAAAUCAGGAUUUUAUUCCAUUUGUGAGAAAUGGCCUUUUAAACUCCCUUCCACAAAAAUUUAAGCCUAAGGACCUUCUUAGAGGAGUUAAAUAUCACCAGUAAGAUCAUUGCGUGGAAUAAGGCAGAUAUUUAAAGUUGAAUUUUUUUAGUAUUAAAAAUUAACGAGAAUCAUGUCCUCGAGUGCUGGAGAUCUAGCAAUAAGAGGUCCAGAUUCCUGAGUUAUAUUAUGGUUUUGCCUUGUCAAUAUGAGGUCCUAAUAGGUGUCAUUAUUCUCUCUGUAUUUUACUUUUCUUCUCACUAAACCAGAAACAAAAUGUUCUGUCCUUUGGAUUAGGAGCUAAAACUACAUUUUUCUGAGGGUGUUUCCCAUUUUGCUUCAAGUUCUAGCUCAAGUGUCACCUUCUCUCUGAAGCCUUUCUUUCAUUCCUCUAGGGCCUACAGUCUGGGCAGUUAGGGUCCAUCAUAUGUUGCUCAUGCCUGUAUUCAAUGACAUCACAUUGUUCUGUAGUUAUUUGACUUUCUCCUACUUUUCUGCGAGCUUCUUAAUGGGUAGGAAUCAUGUUUUACUCAUCUUGAUGUCUCCAUUAUCCAGUACAGCGAGUGCCUUGCACAGAGUGGACAUUAAAGUAUUGUUGGAAGAGUGGAUGGUGAAUGAGUGGAUGGAUGGAGACAGUUGGUUUAAUUAGAUCCUAUUUACAGAAUGCGUAGCCAUUGGCUCCAAUGGGGGACUGCGCAAGAUUAACAAUUGGAACAAUGCAAAUUAUCAUCUGCCCUUUGCUAAGUCAAUUAGGGCAUCUUUGUAUUUAAAUACAGCAAAUGUUACUCAGAUUUUAUACUUACCUGUUUACCUCCACAUAGAUGGUAUGAGGAUGGUGUGUAACAAUAUGUAAAAUGUAUGUUUUUGAAAGUAAUUUUUAUCCCCAUAA